GCAGAUCCAAAAAGAGGCAGACAAAACUGUCUUUGUGGCUAAUUUAGGCAGUUCAGCUAAUGAGGAAAUUAUUUUCGAGCUAUUUUUGCAGAAACGAUUGCAACAGAAUUGGCAUAAUGAAUACACCCCCUGGUGACAGUGGUUGCAACCCAACUAAGCAGGUCUUGCAGUUGGCUCUCUCUAUCGGUGGAAGUUAAGUUGUGUUUUCAAUUUAAAAUACAUGUUGGACAAAUUCGUUUCUCCUAUGUUUCAUGCGGUAGUGUCAUUGGUUUGAUUUCUAUCAAGCCAAAGCACUUUUUACACUAAAUGUGAAAAACAUGCAGAGAUGAUAAGAUUGAGAAUCAGGAUAAGGCCACAUCCAGUAAUUUUGGUGGCCACAGGUGAAAUGCAACAAAAAGGAAGUUGCACAGCAAUAUAUUGUCUUAUCUUUAAAAAAUUAUUCAUUAUCUGUGUCUGGUGUUUCACUUUUACAUCGUGCAUUGUUUCAUACCACCAGGCUGGGCCACUGAAGAAGGUCACCAUCGCCCGAGACCGCGAGGGUCGCCAAAGGUCAUAUGGGUUUGUGUAUUACAAGCAUGCUGAAGCUGUACCCUAUGCCAUUGCCUUGCUGAAUGGCACUUGGCUCUUUGGCCGUCAAAUCAGGCUUCAGUACGGCACCGGUAGCUCCCACCAGGAUGGGGGAUCUGGACCUCAAGGCACAGAGGAUGACCGUGAUGACCCUUCACAUGACACACCCAGUAUGAACGUAGGCCUCCCAGAGUCAUCUGUGUUCCACUUCACAGGGCGUGCUGAUGGCAGCGUCUCCUGCCAGGACAAGUUACACUGGAGCAACAUGGUGCGUGGCUACCCUUCUGAGCAGUACCCUCUGAGUAUCACCCCUCCCCAGCCUCACUACUAUGUCCCCCCGUCACCCUUGUGUCCCCCUAUUGUCCCCCUGCUGCCCUGGCCAAUGCCAGGAUAUCCCCAAUGGGCCCUUACACGACCCCCCUGUCCCAGCCAGGGUCAGGCCCUCCUGCUCCCCCUGCCUCCCAGCUCUACCCAGCCCAGCAAGCAGACAGCUCACCAAAGUGAAGGGCCUAAGAGGCAGACAGCUCAGCAUGGAGAAGUGGAGACUGCGAAGCUACGCAAACACAGACGAAGCAGGGAGAGCAGACUGCAGAGGCACAGGAACAGAUGCAAAAAGUGAACACAAACACUCAAAUAAACAAUUAGCAUUGGUCAUCAAGUUUAAACGUGUAGCAUACGCUAAUAUACUAAGAUGCCCACAAGCUGUGCGGUUGUGGGGAUGGUCAUUUUCUCAGCUUUACAAAUGCACAAACACUAUACAACCAUUAAAGACCGGCUGCUCUUAAAUAUAGCCCACAGUAUUCCUUUGAAUAUUCCUGUACAAAUAUAUGUAUAUAUCUGUUUACGCAGUUUUGUUUCAUAUGCCUCUGACUGUUUUUCUGUUUCAUCGUCUGGUGUGUUUACACCAAAUAAAUAGCACAUUUCCUAAAGGAA